GAUCUACCUUGAGUUAAUUAGUUCAUUUUGUAUAGGUGUUUGUUUAAUAAAUAUGGCUUGGUUGAAUGAAAGUUGCUCAUAGCUGAUUAGUGAUGUAAACAAUUACUUGUUCAUUAAUGAAUUAAUUAGCAUCAAAGAAUAGGCACAAUAUGGGGGUGUUGUGAUAAGAAAAGUUGUGAAAACUGAUUAGUGUUAUUGGUAGAUCUGGUAUAUAAACUGUCUGUGUCACUGUCAACUCAUACUCAAAUUGUCUACCUUAGUGAAAAGUUCUAUCAUUUUACACAUUGAGAAUUUAUCAUGGAUCUUAGCAGCACUUAUCAGAAACCAGCGAAAAUGUCAUUUUCAAUUGAGAAUCUGGCAAAGAGCAGUCGAAGUGAGAAGUCUGAGAACACUCAACCAGCCAUCAUCAACUUCAAUGACAGCAUGUUUACACCGGUCAAGCUACAGUCUGAGAUUACGCCAAUGACCAGCACACCACUGUCAUUACCACUUGCUUUACCAAACAGUGACUUGAAGCUGAAGAGGAAGCGAAAUCACUCGUUCGACUCGGAGAACAGCAGCCUUAACUCAACAGAUUCUAAAUCAAGAGACUGCAUCUCACCGAAUUCCACAACUGACGAUUCAGACAGUAACACUUCAGAAUCCAGAAAGAGAGCCAGAGUUGCCUUUACCAAUAACCAAGUCAAUGAGUUGGAGAAACGUUACAAAAGCAGCAAGUAUCUACCUAUUGAAGAACGUGCUGGUAUAGCUGAAAGAUUAAAUCUCAGUGAACAACAGAUCAAGACUUGGUUCCAGAAUCGACGAAUGAAAGAGAAACGUCAACAAAAAGAUGGCAAGACCAGUUACUUUCCCAGUGGUGGAGUGGAAGCAUCCCAACUUGCAGCUAUGGGAAUACCGUGUCCACCUCCACAUAACGUUAGUGGAACACAAUCCACACAACUGCCAGGAUAUUUCAGUCAUCAACAAUACCCAGCAUCCCCUGCUUCUCGACAAGUGUUUGAUCCAAGAUUUGUGCCGUCAUAUAUGUAUGGAUAUACGCCUAUGUCUUCUGUGAUGUUUUCUGGAUAUUCACAAAACAUUUAUAAUGGACUUUCACCAAAGAUAGUGCAGCAGCAUCGAGUGUAAGUGUACAUUACUGACAAUUUUAACAAAUAUUGUGCUAUAUUUAAAUGAGACUGAAAAAUAUGUACUAUUAUGAAUGAUUAUUAUUGUUAAUGAUUUUGUUAUGCUUGUUAU